CACACCUGCGGACAUUAUCGCUAGUGCUGCACUGUAUCUCUAGAUACAAAGACUCCUCUCUCUCAUCUAUUUCCUCUCCAAACUCCUCCAUUCUCUCUCUCUCUCUCUCUCUCUCUCUCUCUCUCUCUCUCUCUCUCUCUCUCUCUCUCUCUCUCUCUCUCUCUCUCUCUCUCUCUCUCUCUCUCUCUCUCUCUCUCUCUCUCUCUCUCUCCUCUAUUCUUGCUCUCUCUCCUCUAUUCUCAUUCUAUCUCUCCAAACUCCUUUCCACUAUGACAGAAGGGACAAUGGAACUGGGUGACAUUGGUACAUCCCUGAUGGCAUCAGACUCUAAGAAAGCCCCGGUCAAGCCUCCCAACAAGUUUGAGCGCCUGGUCCAGCCAUGUCUGGCUGAGCUGGUGGGGACCAUGUUCUUUGUGUUCAUCGGCUGUGUGUCGGUCAUAGAGAAUGUGGAGGCAGCAGGGAGGCUGCAGCCAGCCCUGGUCCAUGGUCUGGCUGUAGCAGUCAUGGUGGCUUGCAUGGCAGAGAUCAGCGGCUCCCAUUUUAACCCACCGUUUACCAUUGCUAUCUACCUGUGUGGAGGCAUGAAGCUGAAUAUGGUGGGGCCCUACCUCAUCAGUCAGCUCAUAGGGGGUGUGCUAGGUGCUUCUAUGUCAAAGCUGAUGACCACAACAGAGAACUACUCCAAGGCCCAGGGGGCAGCGUUUGCCCUGCUGCAAUCACAAGAUCAGCUGUGGGGGGCUCUGUUUGGGGAGAUAGCCAUGACCUGCCUGGUCACCAUGGUGGUGCUGCUGGGGGCGGUCAACGCCAAGAGUAGCAGUCCCAUGGUGCCCUUCAUGGUGGGCUGUACUGUCAUCAUCAACAUCCUGGCUGGUGGAGAUGUGUCUGGAACCUGUCUGAACCCGGCCAGAGCCCUGGGUCCUGCUAUAGUGGCCAACUACUGGACCUACCACUGGGUUUACUGGGUAGGACCUAUCACUGGUGGACUGGUGGCUGCUGCACUGGUUAGACUACUGCUUGGAGACCGGAAGACACGUAUUCUCAUGAAGUAAUACCAUAUAUCGAGUUGACAGGUCUGAGAUUACCAUUGUUGUUACAUACAGUACCAGUCAAAAGUUUGGACACACCUACUCAUUCAAGGAUUUGUCUUUAUUUUUACUAUUUUCUACAUUGUAGAAUAAUAGUGAAGACAUCUAAACUAUGAAAUAACACAUAUGGAAUCAUGUAGUAACCAAAAAAGUGUUAAACAUAUCAAAAUAUUUUUGAUAUUUUAGAAUCUUCAAAGUAGCCACCCUUUGCCCACUCUUGGCAUUCUCUCAACCAGCUUCACCUGGAAUGCUUUUCCCACAUAUGCUGAGAACUUGUUGGCUGUUUUUCCUUCACUCUGCGGUCCAACUCUUCCCAAACCAUCUCAAUUGGGUUGAGGUCGGGUGAUUGUGGAUGCCAGGUCAUCUGAUGCAGCACUCCAUCACUCUCCUUCUUGGUCAAAUAGCCCUUACACAGCCUGGAGGUGUGUUGGGUCAUUGUCCUGUUGAAAAACAAAUGAUAGUCCCACUAAGCGCAAACCAGAUGGGAUGGUGAAUCGCUGCAGAAUGCUGUGGUAGCCAUGCUGGUUAAGUGUGCCUUGAAAUCUAAAUAAAUCAUUGACAGUCUAAAUAAAUCAUUGACAGUGUCACCAGCAAAGCACCCCCACACUAUCACACCUCCUCCAUGAUUUAUGGUGGGAGCCACACAUGCAGAGAUCAUUCAUUCACCUACUCUGUGUCUCACAAAGACAUGGCGGUUGGAACCAUAAAUCUCAAAUUUGGACUCAUCAGACCAAAGGACAGAUUACCACUGGUCUAAUGUCCAUUGCUCGUGUUUCUUGGCCCAAGAAAGUUUCUUCUUAUUAUUGGUGUCCUUUAGUAGUGGUUUCUUUGCAGCAAUUUGACCAUGAAGGCCUGAU